CAGCACCGUUCUGAUUUGCUUUUCUUCUGAUAGAAAUCUUAUUGGCCCUUCCACUCAUUAGGUUCUUCUGGUUGGGCUCAGACCUGCCGUGAGAAGCCUGUAAAUCUGAAAAUGAACCCCACGGGCAGAGCAGACACCACCCUGGAUGAAAGCAUCUAUAACAAUUAUUAUCUUUAUGAAAGCAUCCCCAAACCUUGCACCAAGGAAGGUAUCAAGGCAUUUGGGGAGCUUUUCCUGCCCCCCCUCUACUCCUUGGUCUUUCUGUUUGGUCUGCUUGGAAAUUCUGUGGUGGUUCUGGUCCUGUUCAAGUACAAGCGGCUCAAGUCCAUGACCGACGUGUACCUGCUCAACCUUGCCAUCUCGGACCUGCUCUUUGUGCUCUCGCUCCCUUUCUGGGGCUACUAUGCCGCAGACCAGUGGGUGUUCGGGCUCGGCCUCUGCAAGCUAGUUUACUGGAUGUACCUGGUGGGCUUCUACAGCGGCAUAUUCUUCAUCACACUCAUGAGCAUCGACAGGUACCUGGCCAUUGUGCACGCGGUCUUCUCCCUGAGAGCGAGGACCUUGACUUACGGGGUCAUCACCAGCGUGGCCACGUGGGCAGUGGCUGUGCUCGCCUCCCUCCCAGGCCUUGUGUUCAGCACGUGUUAUACUGAGCACAACCACACCUACUGCAAAACCAAGUAUUCUUUCAACUCCACGAGGUGGAAGGUUCUGAGCUCCCUGGAGAUCAACGUUCUAGGGCUGGUGAUCCCCUUGGGGAUCAUGCUGUUCUGCUACUCCAUGAUCAUUAGGACCUUGCAGCACUGCAAAAAUGAGAAGAAGAACAAGGCAGUGAAGAUGAUCUUUGCCGUGGUGGUCCUCUUCCUGGGGUUCUGGACCCCUUACAACGUGGUGCUCUUCCUGGACACCCUGGUGGAGCUGGAGGUCCUUCAAGACUGCACCUUUGAGAGGCACCUGGACUAUGCCAUUCAGGCCACAGAGACCCUGGCUUUUGUUCACUGCUGCCUUAAUCCGGUCAUCUACUUUUUCCUGGGGCAGAAAUUUCGCAAGUACAUCGUACAGCUCUUCAAAACCUGCCGGGGCACUUCGGUGCUCUGCCAGUACUGUAGGUUCCUCCCGAUUUACCCCGACACCCCCAGCUCAUCUUACACACAGUCCACGGUGGACCACGAUCUCCGUGAUGCUCUGUAAAAGAUGAAAAUGCAAAAAGCAGAGUUAAUAAGCUUCUCAAAUUAAGAGCUUAUUUAAAAUUGUAUUGUAGUAAGAGUUUCCUGAACAAGUACCGGGAAGAAUUAUAUCCACUGCAAAAAGUAGGGCUUCUCACCCUGCAGUCAGCUUUUCUUCCUGCCAAGUACAAGUUCAGUGUGACCAGAGUUCACCCGGACCAAGGUGUCCUUCCUCGCACCAGGCUUUCCUGCAGGGAUGAGUAAACCUGAGGAGGAUUCUGAGCAGUGUUUCAAUGAGGAAUUGGAUGAUUUUGGAAAGGGAAGACCAGUCCCUUCUAACCUGAACUCAUGGGAUUCUCUAGAGGGGACUGUAGAGAAUUGACUGGGGGAGUAAAUCUCUACUUCUUGAUGUGAAAAUGAGCCCUUUAAUUAACUUCUAGCUUUUUGUGAAACAAUAUAGAAAACUUCGGCAUGCUGUCUCAGUGUUUUCCUAAGAAUAUAUCUGAAGCAUGGUAUACUCCAUGUAGCCAGGUGUCUGCAGAAACCAAUAGUGAAGUAAUGAACUUAGAUCUUGAUUCUUUUAUUGUGAAGGAUUAUUUGUUAAUGGAAGCCAAGCUUUCAAUGCUGAUUACAAUCAUAAGGAGAAAAAGGCAUUAGCGUGGUCUGAUUUCCAAACAUGAAAUACAAGGCAUUAACAAAUCUAAACAUACUUGUGGAACUCCAAACACAGCUUCAUAUGCUUGUGGACAUGUUUUGUUUUAAUUAUAACAGAUGAAUAUUCAAAUUAAAAAAAUAAUACAUAGGCCCAGACACAUUUAUUUGGGGUCUUUUACUCAUUUACAAACAUUUCCUUCAAAACCAAAAAUGAUGAGGACUAAUCAAGUAUGACAGUUUUUCCUUAAUCAUUUUGAAGUGCCUGCCGUCAAGUGAGGCAAGAAUAAUCCACUAAAAGUUAUCGCUGAUGUGGCAUAAAAAUGACUUUCCAAGGUGUCAUCCUCUCUUUUAAAAUAUUGGCCCUGCUUUUUAACUUUUGGAUGACUCAAAAGUUCUUACAGGUCAUUUUAAUUAUGUAAUUAAUCAUUUUACACCAUUAAGAUAAAUCUCUGUUCGUACAGCCUUAAUCAGAAUUAAGUAAAGACUUUAAGAAAGUCUAGGGAUACCUGUACUAUCUCCAGAAACAAAACCUAUUUUACAGACUAUUACCUGAGUUAACCAGUUUAAAAUGUUUCUGUAAAUUUACACAUUAUUGCAUGCUUUACAUUUAUAAAGAAUGCAUUUCCAGAAAAUUUAUUUUCAGAAGUGAUUUUAACAGGGUAAGUUGAUGUUGCCUUUGUAGAAAUACAAUA